UUUACAAAAUACUGUGUUUUCGCACUUCUGUAUUUGCGAGUAGUUGUGUCGAUUUUAUUUGAGUGAAAGUGAGCAAUCAUGGCAAGGCGAGAAUCAUUAUCGUCCUCUUCCUUUAAAUACGAUGUGUUUCUGAGUUUCAGAGGCGAAGACACUCGUUAUGGUUUCACUGGCCAUCUCUACAAAGCUCUUUGUAACCGGGGAAUUCGCACCUUCAAGGAUGAUAAAGAGCUUAAAAAAGGAGAGAAAAUCACACCAGCACUUAAGAAGGCAAUUAAAAAAUCCAGAAUUGCCAUCAUUGUGUUCUCUAAGAAAUAUGCUUUUUCUUCAUUUUGUUUGGAGGAACUUGUCCAUAUCUUUCGCUCCAUCAAGGAAAAGGGUAGGUUGGUUUUGCCAGUUUUCUAUGAUGUUGAUCCCUCUGAUGUGCGAAAGCAUAAAGGUACUUAUGGUGAGGCAUUGACUAAGCAUGAGGAGAGGUUUAAGGAUGACAUGGAGAGGUUGCAUAAAUGGAAAAUGGCUCUGCGUGAAGCAGCUGACUUGUGUGGCUUUACUCUCAAAAUAGGGAAUAAGUGUGAAUCUGAGUUCAUUGAGGAGAUUGUUGAAGUGGUCUCCCACAAGAUUAAUAGCUUUGCAACAAGAUUAAUCUCACUUCACAAAAUCUUGAUGCGGCCAAGGAUAUGGAGAUUUGUAACUGUUGAUUCACUCCUAGUUGGAUUUGUCUAUUUGGGUUUGGGUUUGGGUUUGAGCUCCUCGUUGUACUGCCUGAUUAGAAAGUGGAUCCUGUGGAAGAUCUUCGUUUAUGUUAUUGAUCUCCUAUGUUUCUUCUGUGGCAGCCUAACACAUUUAUACUUGUUGUUAUUUGUUGGAGCGGUUGUUUUUUAUUCCCUUCUCAAUCCUGGUGCCAAUAUCGAUGAUGCCUUGGCAGAUCCUGUACCCCAAGUAUCGAUUACAGCAAACACCAAAUUAGGCAAAAACCAAAUGGUAGAGAAAGAGGAGGAGGAGGAGCCGAAGAAUGAAACGGAGAAAGAGGCUGACGAUGGAGGAGCCAAGAAAGACGACGUACCUGUCCCUGUCGUUUACAAGAUGAACUGUACUUGCGAGGGAUGCCUCGAGAAGAUCAAUAAAACCUUUUGCUAUUUCUAUUCCGAAAGUGUGAAAAUCGUUGAAGCAGACCGGUGGGCUAACGAACUAACAGUUACUAGUAAAAUGGACUCCAACAAACUACGAGAUAAGCUGGCCGACAUAACCAAGAAGAACGUUGAGAUUGUCUCCCCUCAGCCCAAGCAAGAUGCCUCCGCCGCCGCCGAAAAACCGCCGGAGAAGAAGUCCGAUGAAAAGAAACCCGAUGACGAAGAAAAUAAGCCUAAAGAGCACACGGUGGUUUUGAAGAUCAAGUUGCACUGUGACGGUUGCGUUACAGAGAUUCGAAGCAUAAUCCAGAAGUUUGAAGGUGUUCAUAUGGAGAACCUUGACUUAGAGAAGGGCUUGGUGACUGUGAAGGGAACAAUGAACGAGAAGGAGCUGAUAUCGCAUCUGAAGAAGCAUAUGAAGCGAAAGCUGCGAAACGUCGAGGUGGUCCCACCUAAGUAAAUAUUGUAUUAAAAAUAAUAAAAUGUAUAGAAUAAACAUAAUUAAGUAAACGAGAAAAGUAAAGUUGUGUCAUUUUAAGUGAAAGAAAAAAUAGAUCAUGAGAAAAAAAAGUUGAUAAAAAAAUGUAAAGAUAUGAGUUCUACCUUUUUGUGAGAGUGAAAUAAGAAACAUUUUUUCUUUAAUAAAUGUUUAUUUUGAUUUCA